GUGGCAAUAAACGUCGUCGUUUGAAUAAAGUCAUCUAAUCUAACGGCUAAGAUCUCAUCAUUUAAAUUCAAAGAACAAAACACAAAUCAUAUAAUCAAACGGCUGAGAUCUUUUCUCACUUUGGAGAUUUUUUCAAGGCAGAAAUCUGGUGAGAAAAAGAGAACCGAUUCCGAUUCCGAUUCCGAGUCAUCGUCGGCGGGAGGAAUGGACCGGUUUAAGGAGCAACGGGGGCCGAAGUUUGACGGCGAUGAAUCUCCGCGACCUGAUUUUGAUGGCGGAGAUGAAGAUCGUAGUGUGGGGGAGGUAGACGGAGGAGAUCAGACGCCAUUCGCUGGAGGUAAAGUUAGGAGGAAAGCGUCUCGCUAUAGAGAGCAUCGUGGUGACUAUCUCCACGUUUCUUCGCGUCCUGGAUUGAUGCGAAUUCUGGAGAAACAAGGUGAUACGUCGAUUCUUUUUGCUGAUAAAGUUUUGAAGUUCACUGGCUCGGGGAAGAUGAAACGGCGUAUUUUUAUUCUCACUGAUUUUGCGAUCUAUCUAAUUGAUCCGGAGACUGAAGCUAUGACCAGGAGAAUAGCCCUGGCAGCAGUAGAGAAAAUGUGUUUGAGUAAAUUGAGCGAUAACUUCUUCGCUAUCAUUAUUCCCACGGAAUAUGAUCUAUUCAUGGCCAGCACUCGGAAGACUGAGCUUGUUCAGGUCAUGGUAGAUGUGACUAAAAGUGCAUCUGACUAUGAACUUGAAGUGCUUCUCUCCAACAGAUUUGAGUACAAUGCUUCUGCCUCAUUAGUAAAGGAAGUGUCUUUUGAGGAAUCUGAAGGGGGUAUCAAGACCAAAUUUUUGUGGAAGUAACUACAUCUCAAGUCUCAACUCUCCUCGCUGUUCAUAAACUUUGGAGGGACCACUAGUAAGAUCUGUUUCGACUUUCGAAUGUGAAUGGAUUCUUUCAUGUUGGUUACUAAAAGCUAAAAUCAGGGCGGUAUGUGUUGUUUAUUAUAUUCUGUUUUGACUUUCGAAUGUGAAUGGAUUCUUUCAUGUUGGUUAUUAAAAGCCUAAAUCAGUGCGAGAUUUAGUAGUUAAUGUCAGGAAAACCAAAUCAAAAUUUCUAUAUCGGGCUUCUGUGUUUUCCUUGGCGAUAACAUUAUUAUUGAUCCUCUUAAGCGCCAACAGACUGUGUCUCGUUCUAGCGCAGAUGGCGAAUAUAGAGGUGUCCUUCUUGUU